UAGUAGAAGCAGAAGAACAGCAUUGCCUUAAGUUAUCACUGAUUACUGCGAGCAGAAAAUAUAAAGAUUAGACAUUGUUUUACUGAAUAUUUUUGAUAUUUUUAAGAUUAUCGAUAAAAAAUAAAAUAUUUUUUAUCAAAGUGAUGUUUUAUACAGAAAAUUUUAUAUAAUUUUUUAAAGUAGCCAUUCUAUUAAUUAUAUCAUUAUACGAAAAGUUUAAAAAAUAACAAACGCUCUUAUAAAGAAACAGUUUAUCGUAAUAUACAGUAAUUUAUCACCUCGAUGGACGCGAUUCCAAAAAUGUUCUAUUUACCUUAUAUCGCUUAUUAUCUAUUGGUUGUACUUAUUAUAACGCUAAUUGCAUUGUAUUAUUACGUCGAGACUUCGAGAGCUGUUCGUGUUAUAAAAAAGCUACCAUCUCCACCACACAUACCUAUAUUGGGUCAUAUACUAAUAACUCUUGGAAAAUCUCCAGAAAAUGUAAUACCUGAAGGUAUAAGAUAUUUUAAAAAGUAUGGAUUAGUAAUAGGAGCGUAUAUUGGAACAAAAGUAGUAGUUUUUCUGGCAGAUCCACAAGAUGCUGAAAUAAUUUUAAAUAAUCCUGCACAUAAUGAUAAAGCCGAGGAUUACAAAUUUUUUGAACCAUGGCUUGGAGAUGGUUUAUUGAUCACAACUGGCGAUAAGUGGCGCAGGCAUAGGAAGGCAAUAGCGCCCACAUUUCAUAUGAGUAUUUUAAAGACAUUUGUACCUUUAUUUUAUGAAAAUAGCAUGGAUCUUGUUAGACGGCUUCGCGAUGAAGUUGGAAAAGAGUUCGACUGUCACGAUUAUCUAUCAGCUGUGACGGUUGACAUUUUAACGGAAACUGUGAUGGGAGUCAGAAAAGAAAAAAGACAGAAGACCGGAUACGAUUAUGCCAUGGCUGUAAUGAAAAUGAGUGAUAUUGUGCACAGAAGACAUUAUGAUUUUUCAUUGCGUUCUGACAUAAUUUUUAAAUUUACAAAGUUUGCAAAGAAGCAAGAAAAACUGCUCAAUAUUAUUCACACACUGACAGAUAAUGUAAUUGAAGAGAAAUCUAAGAAUAUCAAAGAGAAACUUAUAAAAGAUCAACAACAAAAGAAAGUGCAAAAUGGUAAACCGGAAAGUUUGGACCAAAAGUUCGCGAUCAAAAAUAAAGGAAAUGACAAAAAUAUUGCUACUAACUACACAAAACUGCAUUAUGUAAGAGAUGAUCUCGAUGAAUUAGAUGAAAAUGACACAGGUGAAAACAGACGACUCGCCUUUCUAGAAAUGAUGUUGGAUUUGAAAAAAAAUGGUGGACAAAUGACUGAUGAAGAGAUUCGAGAGGAAGUAAACACUAUUAUGUUCGAGGGUCAUGAUACCACGGCAGCUGGCUCAAGUUUCGUACUAUGCAUCUUAGGGAAUCAUCAGGAUAUUCAGGCUCGCGUGCAUGAAGAAUUGGAUGCAAUUUUCGGCGACAGCGACAGACAAUGCACUUUUCAAGACACUCUGGAAAUGAAAUAUCUCGAAAGAGUUAUUUUGGAAACUCUAAGACUUUUCCCACCGGUACCUGGGAUUGCCAGAAAACUUAACGAAGAUGUAAAGAUAGUUACAGGCGAUUAUAUCCUUCCAAAGACUGCCACGGUAAUAAUUUCGCAGUUUAUAAUACAUCGUUUGGAGAAAUAUUACCCAAAUCCGACAGUUUUUAAUCCAGACAAUUUUCUACCAGAAAAAAUGCAACAGAGACAUUACUAUGCAUUCAUUCCUUUUAGUGCUGGACCAAGGUCCUGCGUGGGACGAAAAUACGCUUUGCUAAAAUUGAAAGUCCUCUUAUCGACGAUACUGAGGAAUUAUCGUGUCACUUCUGAUGUGAUAGACGAAGAUUUCAUAUUGCGGGCCGACAUUAUUUUAAAAAGACACGACGGAUUCAAGAUCAAGAUCGAGCCGCGGAAGCCAAUGUCUCAUAAUUUAUAACAACAAUCAGAAUUUAACAUUUCCGUAUAGUUAAACAAAUUUAAACAUAUUGUUCUGUAUCUUGUUAUAAGAGUUGGGAACUGUGCAUGCAUACAGGAUAUCUCAUUACUUCCGUAUUUAAUAUUUUUAAAUAUUAAUAUAUAAUAAUUAAAUAUUAAUUUAAAUAUAAAUUAUACUUUAUAUCUAUAUAAAUAAAAGUGCAACAUAUACAAAA